AUGGGGUGCACUACAUGUACAGUUAUCGCUUUCACUUUCUUUGUUCUGGUAUAUUCAGAGGUCAAGGUUGCUGAAGUUACCGUACUCAAUUACGAUGGAAUGCAGAGCUUCUACUCCAAAAAUCGUGAACAGCUGAAUCAAUACUAUACCUUCCAAUUUUGCUUUUGUCCUUGUGAUGUUGAUCUUCAAUCUAAUUCUUCCAAACAAAAUAAAUGCGAUUGUGGUCCAGUGACCAAGGGUAAGCGUGCAAUAGAUUCUACACCUCAUGCAGUAUAUCCGUCAACAUGUGUUCUUAAAAUAAAUUCAACAAAGUGUCUUGCGACCACUUUCAGUCAGCGAGGUCCCUUCAUAGUUGACUCGGAUUCAAAUGGUAUCUUGUUUGUAAAGGCAGGCGUAGGACAAACGACGAUUUCACAACCUAAAUGGCAACGAUUAUCAUUCAGUAAAUUGAGAAAAUCCUAUUCAGUCAAAACAACUCGUGGUCCUUCAGUAAGGAUGACCUACAUUUCAACGCUUAAAAGUAUUCCUACUACACUGACAAGCAGAUCAACCAUUUUUGUAAUUCCAUUCGAAAAGAAGAAAACAAUUUCUAAAUACGACAACUUGCUAUUAAGCAAAAGCAAAAAUGUGUCAUAUUUUGGAAUCAAACCAAAAUGGAUUAAACCUACCACAGCAGUCUUAACAUCGUCCACCGCAAAGUCUAUGGAUAUUAUCUCAAGCGCUGCGAAAUUUCAAACGAUAGACCAGAUUCGUCUGUUUCUUCUCCGGGAAAGCCUUCGAGAACGUGGAAAUCCGAAGAACUUCAACUCAGACCUGUUCAAGAAUGAGCUGGUUACUUAUCACAACAUAUACCGGAGUAAACACGGCUCACCUGCUCUAGUUUACGAUGAACAGCUUGAAAAAUAUGCGCAGAAAUGGGCGAACGUACUAGGAAACACAAAAGGUUGUCUUGUACAUGAACAACCACGGAUAUACGGUGAAAACUUAUUCUAUUUCGCUGCAAAACAUUUCCCAAGUGCUACAACUAUGGCGCGUAUGGUAACCCAAAGUUUCUACAUGGAAGGAAUUGGAUAUGAUUAUAAGAAAUUCUACCCGAUGACAUACUAUAAAACUGGACAUUUCACUCAAUUGAUAUGGAGGGGAUCGAAACGAAUGGGUGUCGGUGUUUCGAUUGUGUUCAACGACGGUUCGAAAAAAGGACCAUGCUCUCCUUCAUUACCGCUUUAUAUGAUUUAUGUAGUGGUCAAAUAUGAUCCAGCAGGCACUGAUGUAGUACAUACGGAGAUCGAACUUCCACCACCAAAAGCGGUAAUGUACACAUCCUGGGGAGAUAUGAUUCGACACUGGCCAAAAACCACGUUAUGUAUCGUGUCGAACGAAUUCUGUGAACGUUUUUCCUAUUAUGGAAUGAGGACUGUACUUAUCCUAUAUUUGCUGAAUGUACUCAAUUUUUCUGAGAGUCAAUCUACAAUUUUCUUCAACAGUUUUACCGUACUUUGUUAUCUUACUCCUCUACUCGGAUCCAUUAUUGCUGAUGGUUAUAUCGGGAAGUUUUGGACAAUUUUCUCGGUAUCCAUACUUUACGCGGCUGGUCAAGUACUUCUAGCAGUAGCGUCUGUCAAGAACAAAGAGUCAAGUAUUCAUCCAUGGCUGGAUUUGACAGGAUUGGUAAUUAUCGGUUUUGGUACAGGCGGUAUAAAACCUUGUGUGUCUGCUUUUGGAGGAGAUCAAUUCGAAGUAGGACAGGAAAGAAUGCUCUCUCUAUUCUUUUCCGUGUUUUAUUUUUCAAUUAAUGCUGGUUCUAUGAUUUCUACUUUCAUAUCUCCAAUUUUUCGAUCUCAACCAUGCCUUGGACAAGAUUCUUGUUAUCCACUUGCCUUCGGAAUACCAGCUGUUCUGAUGAUCUUAGCGACAUGUUUGUUUAUGGCUGGAUCGUUUUGGUACAAGAAGCCUCCUCCAAAGGAGAACAUUUUUGGUGAAGUUGCUCGAUUAAUGGGGAGGGCUGUCGCCAACAAAUUCCACUCGAAAACGAAGAAACAACACUGGCUGGACAACUAUAUGGACACUCAUGUAUGCGAGAAUGAUCCGAAAUGCCUUAGUCUUCGUGCGGAAACAGGGAACGAUAAUGCGUGUCAGAAGAAAACGUUUAUUGAUGACGUGAAGUCACUGCUUCGUGUACUGAUCAUGUUCCUUCCGGUGCCGAUGUUUUGGGCACUUUACGAUCAACAAGGCUCAAUCUGGCUCAUUCAAGGUAUCCAAAUGGACUGCCGUUUAUCCGGAAACCUCCUGUUACUUCCUGAUCAAGUGCAAACGCUUAACGCAGUAUUGAUCCUUUUAUUCAUUCCAAUUUUUCAAGUGAUCAUCUAUCCCAUCGCUGGAAAGUGCUUCAAUAUUACCCCUUUACGAAAAAUGGUGGUCGGAGGUUUGUUAGCUUCCUUGUCCUUCUUAGUCACUGGAUUUGUCCAACUAAGUGUCAACGAAACGCUGCCUUCCUUACCAGCAUCAAAUGAGGCUUUUGUUAGCGUGUGGAAUCAGUUGGAUAAUUGUAACGUGACGGCCACAUUCCCGGGACACAACGCCUUUACAAUUGCGCCUAACGUGUCAAACGUUGACAACCGGAAAACCGGUGAAGUUUCGAUGCAUUUGAAAGCACCGCAAUCAACGAAGUCAUGGUCGGUUCCCAUCCAACUUAGUUAUUCUGGAUGCUCAGAUGACAAAUUUCAAAACCUGCCUAGCACAUUCACCGCCAAAUUGGAAACAAAGAAAAUCUAUUAUAUAGCAAUUAGUCCAAAUGGUGUCUAUCAAGGAAAGGCUGAUCCGGCAAAACCAACACAAGGCACUGGUGAAUUCAGUUUGGGAAUUGUGAUGGCUACUAGUCCACGAUACGAUGGAAAUCUCGUCAUGUGUAGGCUGGAUGCCGGUGAUUUUGAUCGGAAUCAUUCUUGUAAUCCUCGAAGCCCGUCCGAUUUCUACUAUUGGGAAACUAACUACGAUGAAGGCACAGACGAUCGGGAUGCCAAUGCUACAUAUACCACAAAGCAGGGAGCUAGUAAAGACUACGCAGUCGAAUACGUGUUUAAACCAGUGAAACCAGGAAGAUGGGAGCUGUUCUAUCUCAAAGAAACACCGAAGAAUGUUGGCUCCAAGACUCCUCCGAAGACAAAUAUCACAGUCAAGGCAACUGGUGUGCUCAUGGAAGUUCAUCAACAAGGAGCAGUAUAUGUGCUCGCUUUAACAGGACCAAAGGACAAGCCGACGAAACACAUAAAUCAAGUCGUACAAUCUAAUUCAGUGUCCAUUCUCUGGCAAAUCCCCCAAAUCGUCAUAAUCACAGCUGCUGAGAUCCUUUUCUCCAUUACGGGUUACGAGUUUGCUUAUUCCCAGUCUGCUCCUUCUAUGAAAGCGUUGGUUCAAGCAUUAUGGUUACUUACUACUGCCAUUGGAGACUCAAUUAUCGUGUUGAUCACUGCUCUCAACCUUUUCUCUAACAUGGCAACUGAAUUCUUCGCUUAUGCUGGAGCUAUGUGUGUGGUGAUUAUCAUUUUUGCAUUGAUGUCAAUCUUCUACUACGAAUAUAAUUAUUAUACUCAAGAAAAGAAGUCGGAUUAUCCUCUUGAGGAUGACGACGAUAGACUGGGAAAGCACGAUGUUAAACUGAGGGCUUUUUCGAUUGAUCCACAUGAUGGAGAAUAUGCUUGGGCAGUGGAGGAACGAUUAGAUGAUGAAGUUAUACCUGAUGAACGAUUUUAA